AUGUUGCGCGCUACGAGCAGCCGAUUGGCGCGAGCCACACCUCGAGUGGCAGCUCAACAUUACAAGCCCUCGAUCUCCUUUCCAGAUCGAAAGGCUCCCAAGGGUGAGCCAAGCGCAGCAUCACCGCACUGCCCCGUCUGCUUUCGCUCACGUGCUGCUGCGCCCCUUGCCUACUUCCAGAUAAGCACGAGCCACACGCACACCCUGCAGCACCUACCGACAUUUCCUCCAACUUUUCGCACUUUCAGGAGGUCUUCUCUUCUGGACCUCACUUCAACCCAGACAAGAUCCAGAAUGUUUCUAGUCUGGCUGAGAACCCCAAAGCUGAAGGCGAAGGAGUGGCUGGAAGCCAGGGCAAAGCCGCAAAGUUGGCAGAAGGAACGGUGGAAGAUUUGCACAAGCUGCCAAAGAGGUUUUGGGACACACCUAGCUUGAGAUGGAACGAGGACGAGUUAGAGGCCAUCAUGGUGAGUGGAUGUAUGGGCUCACGGUAGGCAGGGCAGUCCGUAGGCGCGAAAGCAGGGCGCUGCUCGCCCAUGGGGACACUGGGCUUCUAAGCGGCCUAAACCAGAGAGCAUGUCAGGCUCGCAAGUUCUCGCCGACUACGUUCCGUCCCUCUAGCUGACGCUGCUUGUUCUUGUCCUUUCGAAAGACUGGUGGCGCCUCCACCUCUUCGGCGCAUUGA